AUGUCAAAAUCUGGAGCACAAAAGCGCAAAGAAAAACUACAGACAGAGAUAGAAGUUUCUGCAAAAAAGUGCAAGUUAAUCACAUCAUUUUUGUCAGUACAACCACAAUGUCAAAGCAAUAUUGAGUCGAAUGUACAAAUUACAUCAGAGAUAAUUAAAGCACGAUGUGGUAAAGAUCUUGAGUCAAAUUUACAGAGUACAUCAGGAAUUAUACAAGCAAAUGGUAGUCGAGAUAUUGAGUCGAAUUUGAAGAGUACAUCAGCAGUAAUACUAGCGCGAGGUGGUGGAGAUAUUGAAUCACAUUCGCAGAGUACAUCCGCAAUAAUACAAGCACUAGGUAGUCGAGAUCUUGAGUCAAAUUUACAGAGUACAUCAGGAGUUAUACAAGCAAAAGGUUGUCGAGAUAUUGACAAACAUUCAAUUCAACCACAUGAACAUUUGCCGUUUGAUAACAAGAUCUACCAUAGACAAACGGACUUGAAGGAUAGCAUACCGAGAAAUUGGUUGUCAUUUAGCCAAAAUUCUCAGUCUCUAUAUUGCUCAUUUUGUGUUGCAUUUGAAUCACCACAGUCUAACACCGUUUCAUCAUUUGUGUCUGGCUUCAAAGAUUUUAGACGAGUUAGCCAACGGGUUGCAGAACACGAAUCAAGCAGCACUCACCGCAGGCCAGUUAUUGAUUACAUUUGUAUAAUGAAUAAUCAAGACUUCGACAGAUUUUAUAGUACAGCAAUAAAGAAAUAUAAUGAUGAAGUACUGAUACGGAAACAAAUACUUUCUCGAGUUAUUGAUACCAUUAAACAUUUAUGUAAGCAAGCAUUGCCAUUUCGAGGUCAUAGGAGUGAAGGUGCUUAUUCGUUGGACAAUGAUGUAGAAAAUCAUGGAAAUUUUUUGGCUUUGGUACAGCUCUUGGCCAAAUAUGACCCACUUUUAGCUUCUCAUCUCUUCAUGUGUCAAGGAAAAUCAACCAAAAGAAUAGAAAAACUGAAGCGUCAAGGUAAAGCCGGCAGUAAAGGUCGCGAACAGAUUGCAAUGGAAGUAUCCAAAGCAAAAGUGUACUCCGUACAAGUUAAUUCUACACAAGAUAUAUCUGCAAUUGACCAAUUCAGCAUUGUGGUUCGCUAUGUUUUAAAUGCUACUGUGCAUGAACGGCUGCUUUCUAUUGUACCAAGCAAUGGCGGUACUGGCCAAGGCUUGUUCGAUCUCUUAAAUUUGACGCUACAGCGGCUUGGCUUUAACUUGAAAUACUGCCUAUCGGACAGCACUGAUGGUGCUUCAAGUUAUCAUGGCCAGUACAAUGGACUGCAACAAAAGAUUACAGAAGCUGCAGACCACCAUGUACAUAUUUGGUGUUAUGCUCAUGUUCUCAACUUAGUUGUGAAGGAGGCAACCAGUUGCUGCAUUCAGGCAGUUUCAUUUUUUACCCUUUUGCAAAAUGUUUCAACAUUCAUAAAAGUGUCAUAUAAGCGAAUGGCAACAUGGAUUAAACUUGUUAAAACACAAAUUGGAAUGGAUAAGAUGAAAAGAUUGAUUGGUGAAACAAGGUGGUCGGGUAAAUCAAAUACUGCAACAGCGAUAUUUGGAACAUUUGCUGAGCCAUCUUCAACAGUGUUUGUCAAUUCAAUUUUAUGUCUGUCAUGUAUAAGAGAAUCAGAAAAUUUUGAUAAAAAGACACGUCAUGAAGCUAAGACAUUGCUCAUGCCAUUCCUGAAAUUUGACACCAUUUUGACUGUCUUUACCUUCCUGCGAGUUUUUGAAAAAGUGGGACCACUUUCAAUAUACCUGCAAACUCGUGGAUUAAAUGUGUUGGUUGCAUUCAAGAUGGUGGAGAAGGCCGUAGUUGAAUUGAAAAGUCAAUCAAGACUUUUUGACGGUUUUCAUAAUGACGCUCUUCAAUUUGUACGGAUGGCAAAUGCAAGCAUCAUUCAGAGAACUGAAACCAUAUUAGAGGUAAAAAUAGAACUACCAGCUAAACGGAAGCGGAAGACACCAACGAUGUUAGAUGAACAUACAGUAGACGAACGUUACGAAUCUAAAGCUUUGGAACAUUGCAAAAUUCAUACUUUCAAUGUGGUGAUGGAUCAGGUAGUCCAAAGUCUUGAGUCACGUUUCACUUCACAUCGACAAUUAUAUAUUGACAUGGUAUGUUUUGAUACAUCAAACUUUGGUGAUCCUGCCAUUUUGGGAAUUCCUGAAAACAGUUUACACAGCAUUAUCAAAUUUUUACCAGAUGCCGACGUUGAUAAAAUAAAGACCGAAUUGUUAUCAUUUGUCACUAACUAUGAGAUUUUGAAAUUGUCCUUGCCCUUAACAACAACAUUGAGAGAGAAUGCAUAUCAAAAGGAUGACAUAGAAGAACCGCUCUGUUAUCAGCAUACAAAUGGAGCAUGCGGAUCGUGUCCAUUUUGUAUGUUACGAACUCUUGCUGCAUAUAGACUCAACGACAAAACCUAA